GCGAUUGAAAAUAAACUUUGUCGUUUUCUAUUGAUUUUUACCUAAUAUUUUUUUUUAUUUCAACAGUACUGCCCGGGAAAUGAGUACGGAAAAAGGAUCGAGAUUACUUCAAUAUGUGGCUGCAUCAACAGGCAAUCUAAACAUCAUGGCCUGCGGGGCUAUUUUGGGAUGGACGAGUCCGAUGCUACCGCGCCUCCAAGAGGACGAUCCAAUCGCGCCCGAUAAUCAGCUGAGCAGGGCAAUAACCAAAGACGAGGGCUCGUGGCUCGCCGCGCUCGUUCCGCUGGGAGUGACGUUCGGCUCGAUUUUUGCCGGAUAUCUGGGCGAAUGGCUGGGUCGUAAACGCUCGCUGCUCGUAGGCACGUUGCCUUUUCUCGUCGGCUGGAUCUUGGUGGGCACGGCGCGGCGCAUCGAGCAAAUGUACGCCGGUCGCUUCAUCCUGGGAUUGUCGGUGUCGAUCCCGUUCACGCUUUUGCCCACGUACGUGGGUGAAAUCUCAGAUGCAAGUUUUCGUGGCCGAUAAAGGCCAAAGCCCUCACUCAUAGCCGAGAAGCGGCCGUGAGAGGAGCGCUGGGCAGUUUACUGCAGGUCUUCGUCUCCAUGGGCUUUAUUUACUCCUACGUAAUUGGCCCUUACAC